UCGAAGGGUCAGGAACCAGACAAGAACAAGAGGAGACUUCUCCAGGAGACUCUUGCCUUUUACUGAUAUUUCCAGCUGUUCUGCUCAAUCUCCCCAGCCUUCCCUACGCCAAAGGAGAUCAGUGGCCCAGGGCGCUCUGGAGUCUGUCAGUUAUGAGUAACCCAAACAGCACAGCCUUCAAUGACACCGGAGACGUGAGACCCACUUCAGUGACUGAAAUUGCCAUUAUUGCAGGUGUGAUCGCUGCUGUGGCCUUUGUCCUCAUCUGCCUCCUGCUUGUAAUUCUGCAUUACAUGUUCCGGCACAAGGGCACCUACCACACAAAUGAAGACAAGGGGACAGAGUUUGCAGAGAGUGCUGAAGAAGCCCUGAAAAAUGACCCGAACCUUCAAGAACCUGGAGAUGAGAGCAAAAAAGAAUAUUUCAUAUGAGGAAAAAAAAAGAAUGAUUUCUCCCUACCUAAAGAAAAGUCACCAUACAGAGAUUUUUUUGUAGUGCUUCUCAUCCCAGAGGAUACACCUUCCAGCACUAUAUCUGUGAAAGAGGAGAGCCCCAUGCUAUGGCUCUUUUGAGGGGAAGCUGCAGCUACCACCACCCCCGUUUUGAGGCCAUUUUCUUUUUCAGGGAGAACUGAAUGCCAGAUUGGGGGUUAUUGAUUUCAUUUGCAAUACAGAUGGUCACCGUUAAAUUCAAUGUCAGAUGGAAGCAGGGGCAUGGGGUAGGGGAGGGAGUGGAACAGGAAAUUUAAUCAUUAAUAUACUGACAGGGCAUAAUGAUAUCAAAUGUCAGUCCUUGACAUUUAAGGAAAACAACAGGUGCCAAUGCAAAAAAAGGAUGCCUUAACAGCAGAGAUGCGCAUGUCCCACUGAUAUAUAGCAGAUCUAUUGGAAAUAAAUUUUAUAUGGUAAUAGAACAUUCUGAAGCAGAUAACAUUGUGAUUAUAUGGAAAAACAGAAAACAUGGCUCAGUGCCCUGUCAGAGACUUUUCUCAUUUCUCUUGUGUUGUUUCCUUCUUAUUUUCAACAUUAACUAUAUCGGGUGGGUCUAUUUCCAUUUUAGAUAUUUACAAAGCCUAGCAAACUCUGCCAACAACAUGGAACAGAAGUAUAAGAAAAGCUGAUCCCUCAAUAAAAAAGAGAGUUGGGGGAUUUUCUGGACUCAUGUGACCCCUUAAGAGAAGGGAGUUACUGGGACGUGAAAGAGUUACAAACACAAGAGUGAAUAUAUAUGAAUCCUGGCUGA